ACAAAAUUUUAGGUUGGGUUUGUUUGUGGACUGCUAGUUGGUCACAGAGGUUGUCUAUUAAUUUUAAAAAGAAUAAUAAAAUUAAGUAAAUAGUAAAAGUGUGCAAAACGCGAACGAAAUAUGUGUGCGAAAUAUUUAUAACCACAUAACCACGUUAAUAGUUAUGCAAAAUUUUUUGCAAAUACAUCUAAUGCGAGGAUUUUUGUAUUUUAUAUCAGGGGCAUAACCAGGAGCAGAUCAAUUGCAAAGAUUUCGCAUACUUCUGCUAAGGAGAAAUAAAAGAUAUUGGUCGUUUCAGAAAACAACGAUUUGACGAUGCAUCGUAAUGACUGCUAUCACUAACACCAAAGCAUAUAUAACGCAGUAAACUUGCUUUUUAUUUUCUUUGAUACCUCAUGCACUUUAAUUAGUUAAUGAAAUAGCAAACAGAAAAUUGUUCCCAAUUAACCGAAUUGUUGUCAUUGUAUCAGUCGGUGGUUUGGUAUUUAUGCGGAUAUGGCUGAAGCUGUAGAAGAAGGACAAAUUCAUGGUUAUAGUGAUAAUGAUGUGGCGGACACAUGUCACCUGCGUAUUAACGUACUUACUGGGAAGUCGUUAGCUAAGAAAGAUAUAUUCGGCGCAAGUGAUCCCUAUGUGAGAAUUGAUUUGAAUACAAUCAAUGGUGAUAUAAAUAUUGAUUCUGUUUUAACUAAAACUAAGAAGAAGACAUUGAAUCCGACGUGGAACGAAGAGUUUAUAUUUAGAGUAAAGCCUUCGGAACACAAACUUGUUUUUCAAGUAUUCGAUGAAAAUCGCUUAACGCGAGAUGAUUUCCUGGGUAUGGUUGAAUUGACGUUAGUAAAUUUGCCUACUGAACAGGAAGGCAGAGCCAUAGGACCACAAACUUACCCGCUAAGGCCUAGAAGGUCAGUAGGCGCCAAGUCACGCAUCAAGGGGACCUUGGAAAUAUAUCAUGCGUUUAUGCAUGAACCGCGAGAAAGUACUGAGACAAAUUCCAAUUCCGGAGAUUGGGAGCACGUAGAAAAUGUGUCGAUGACGGGAUCGGCUCAGGCGGCAAAUCCUUUUGCAUCUAAUGGUGGUCAUGAUCCUCUUCCAGCCGGUUGGGAAGAACGACAGGAUGCAAAUGGUCGUACAUAUUAUGUGAAUCACACCGCUCGUACUACACAGUGGGAAAGACCUACUCCUAACAAUGCAAACAUUAAUAUGGAUGCGGCUGCUUCAGAUUUCCAAAGACGAUUCCACAUUAGUGUGGAUGAUAACGAUCCAAAUCGAACAGCGUUUAAUCAAGCGUCCGGCUUUCGCGAUACAACGAACAAAUCACAUAAAACGUUUUCGCCACAAAUACCAAUAAGCAUAAGCAUUAAUUGCUCUAAUGCCGAGGACGGUGUUUGCAAUCCAAUAAGCUCCCGUGACUCCGAUCAUGAUAGCAGGUCCUCUUCAAAAUCAUUAAGUGAAAGUAGUGAUGCAAGUAUUAGUCAUCGCUGCGCUUGUGGCUCGCUCCACGUUAACACGGAAAAUGACGAUGAUAGCGAUAUCGAUACCAGUAUAGACAGAAGUAAUGAGAUAAAUCAACGUCUGGCCGCAGAUAAUAGUUUUGACAUAUUCAACUCGAAACUAUAUUUGACUCGCAUAUUUAAUGAGGAUGACGAUCAAAUAGAUAGCGGAAAUCGUUCACAGACAUCAACCUCAUCAACCCGACGGAAUUCCGUGGAAGACAAUACAGCAGUGCCGGAACAAACAAAUGUGCCGAGUGAGGAAGAAGAGGCAUUGCCACCGAGAUGGUCAAUGCAAGUGGCGCCCAAUGGCCGUACAUUUUUUAUUGACCACACUGCUAGGCGAACUACAUGGAUAGAUCCUCGCAAUGGCCGGGCAAGUCCGAUGCCCAAUCAAACAAGACGCGUGGAAGACGAUUUGGGACCUUUACCAGAAGGUUGGGAGGAACGCGUUCACACGGAUGGUCGUGUCUUUUAUAUUGAUCAUAAUACCCGCACAACGCAAUGGGAGGAUCCAAGACUUUCAAAUCCUAACAUCGCUGGACAGGCGGUACCUUAUUCCAGAGAUUAUAAACAAAAAUACGAGUAUUUUAAAAGUCAUCUCAGGAAACCGACUAAUGUGCCCAAUAAAUUUGAAAUUCGUGUGCGGCGUGUUUCUAUUUUGGAAGACUCUUACAGAAUUAUAAAUCAAGUCACUAAAACGGAUUUGUUGAAAACAAAAUUGUGGGUGGAAUUUGAAGGGGAAACGGGACUAGAUUAUGGUGGUCUAGCCAGGGAAUGGUUUUACUUGUUAUCCAAGGAAAUGUUCAAUCCAUAUUACGGCCUCUUUGAAUAUUCCGCCAUGGACAAUUACACGCUACAAAUAAACAAUGGCAGCGGCCUAUGCAAUGAAGAUCAUUUGCUUUAUUUCAAAUUCAUUGGGCGUAUUGCCGGGAUGGCUGUGUAUCACGGCAAGCUUUUAGACGCCUUCUUCAUACGACCGUUUUACAAAAUGAUGCUACAAAAACCGAUCGAUCUUAAAGAUAUGGAGUCAGUGGAUACUGAGUAUUAUAAUUCAUUAAUGUGGAUAAAAGAGAAUGAUCCGCGUCAAUUGGAAUUGACAUUUUGUGUGGACGAAGAUAUAUUCGGUCAAAAAAGCCAACACGAAUUAAAACCGGGUGGUGCUAACAUUGAAGUUACCAAUGAAAACAAGGACGAAUAUAUUAAGCUCGUCAUAGAAUGGCGUUUUGUUGCCCGAGUGAAAGAACAAAUGACUUCAUUUUUAGAUGGUUUUGGAUCCGUCAUUCCACUUAAUCUUAUUAAGAUAUUUGACGAACAUGAACUUGAAUUGCUGAUGUGUGGCAUUCAAAAUAUUGAUGUCAAGGAUUGGCGUGAAAAUACACUAUAUAAGGGCGAUUAUCAUCAGAAUCAUAUAAUAAUACAAUGGUUUUGGCGUGCAGUGCUCUCCUUUUCAAAUGAAAUGCGUUCUCGGUUAUUGCAAUUUGUGACUGGCACUUCACGCGUUCCAAUGAAUGGUUUCAAAGAGUUAUACGGUUCAAAUGGUCCUCAAAUGUUUACUAUUGAAAAGUGGGGAACACCUAACAACUAUCCUCGUGCGCAUACAUGCUUUAAUCGACUCGAUCUUCCGCCUUAUGAAGGCUAUUUACAACUUAAAGACAAGUUGAUUAAAGCUAUUGAGGGUAGCCAAGGCUUUGCUGGUGUGGACUAAUAUUAUCGAAAAUCCUAAUGCUGUUAUAAGCGACAUCUGCUUUUCGCUGCCAACACGACACGCAUCAUUAAGAAAACACUUCAUCUCGAUGAUAAAAGCGACGAUUACAAUCUUUUAAAACAGCGUAGGCGCAGACAAACCGUGGCCUUUUUUCUCCAACUGUACUUACUACUUCUUGCAUUACAAUUGCAUUACCUAUAUUUUACAACAACAAUAUAGAAUAUUGAACAGAUUCAGCCAGGCUGUUGACUACUUUAAUUCCAAAUUUAAGUUAUAU